GGACAACAAGAGACACUUGCAAUUGGUGUUCCCAUACGAAAGCAACUUGCAUUUGAAAUGAAAGUUUUUACCACGAUCUUGUUCCUUGGCUUGUGCCUCAGUGGCAUUCGGGCGGAGGAAGAGUUGGAGAGCAUCGCUGAUCUGCUGAAGGAUAAUGCGAAGGGCGUGAAGACGGCCAAUGCACUUCUGACUAGGAUUGCAGCAGUCAGCGAGGAGACACAGGCUGGUUUGGCCGAGCAAAAGGAGGCCCUAAAAGCUCUUACACUCAUAGAGGAACUGCUGGCCAAGCUGACGCUCACUCUGGAGGCAAGUUCCCAGAAUCUGGUGACCACCCUCUUGAACAUCUCCAAACAGGGUGAGGAGUAUGGACAUCGCACAGAGGCAGAGCUUCUGGAACUGGCCCGCCUGCAGGAGGGCACCAAGGAGCUGAUCAAUGUGCUGGAGGCCAAAUUGGAUGCCUACCAGAGGCAUGUGCUUCACAGUUCCCGCAACAUUGACAAGAGCAUCGAUGGACUGGCCAAACUGAUCACCAGGACGGUGCUGCCACAACUUAAUGGCCUGAAGUGCACUUUUGAUAGCUUGGAAACGUCCCAAAUCAACGUGGAGGUGGAGCUAAAGAGCCUGGCCGGAGUCAAGGAACUUAACGAGAACUCGUACCACAAGCUGGGCGUUCUGGAGGAUCAACUGAAGCAGCUGAAUCGCACCCAAGAGCAGCGCCUUGACACUUUGAUCGCUUCCGUGAAGCAUUUGCAGCCUCAUAGCUCCCGGAAAGUUGAGGCAGCUUUGCGUGAACUGAUCAUCUCCCAGAAACGCAUCGAAGUUGACCUGGAAGAGUGCAGUCGGCACCAGCCGUAUCCAGGCUACCAGGAUGAGUCCUAUCUGCCCACCUAUGGAGGCGAGGUUCCAGAGCCACAGUAUUCUCAGCCCAAGCACAAACAAGUGGAUCUGGAGCAGGUGUGGAGCAACAAUGAGCCGCCAAAGCAGGGAGAGUACUCCGGAAGCUACAGGGUGACUGCCUAUGCCCAAUCACCUGAGCCCAGGGAGAACCAACAGAGCUCCAGUGCCGUGUCCUGGCGUCCAACGCUGCCCUGGGAGAAUGCCUUUCCGUACCAGGCCGCACCGGUUCACCAGCCAUGGAACCCAGCUCCUGCCCACGGUACCACCUCCCAGCCCAAGCGGAAUCCAGGUCCCAAGGAAGAACACUCCGCUCCUGCGCCACCACCCCACCAGUCUGCCAAUCCCGAAGCGCACAAGUCUCCUGUAGAGCACAAGCCGAAAUCUAACCAAGAGCAAUCCCAGAAACCCCAACCCAACCCCGAGCAAUUGCAGAAACCCCAGCCCAAUCCCGAGCAAUCCCAAAAACCCCAACCUAACCACGGACAACCUCAAUCAUCCCACAAGCCGCAAUCUCAUCAAGAGCAAGCUCGCAAGCCCCAAUCGUACCAGCAUCAAUCUUACAAGCCAGAACUCAUUCAUCCAGGAGAGUCCUUUAGGAUUUGGUACGGAGAUAGUUCUCUGCCCGAAGGAUAUUGAAGACAUAUGAAACUGGCACAACAAAAGAUUCCCGAGACCGAUAAAACUUUUAGAAACUAUUUAUAAAGUAUUCACAUAGAAAAUUAUAAUAUCCUUUAUGUACG